AUCUCGCUCACGGGCCGUCCUUUUGAGUGAGGGUGAAAGCAGACUUUGUGGGACAUCUGCAUACAGUGAGAAAAACGCCGCAAUUGUUCUCCAAUGGUAGAAUAUGUGUACCCAUGGACGACCUAAAAUCAACAACACCAUACGCUCCGUAUCUAAGGCGUUGCAAAAAAAAAAAUCAGCAACGAAAACUUACAAUUUACUCAAUGUAGCCUAAUACGUGUGGUGGGGUUUAAUGGUUAGCGGACACGGUGUUAUAUCAUAAUCACUGUUGACAUCGAGGAUAACACAGCCAUUUUGAAAACGGCAUGGUAAAAAUGGUUUGGUCGUUUUUAACAUGGCCCCGUGAGCCGCUAACUGCUUUCCACCUUGACGAUUGAGGCUAAAUUUGCUUUGAUAUACUCAUUUUAAUACUUGGGCAAACUUCAUUACAGUACUUUGUGGUCCAUGGGCCAGAAACACAAUUUUUAACAGAUUUUAAACGAUUGAUAAAUUCAACGAUUGAUAAACUACGUUUUUGUUAGCUUGAGAUGAUUUUUAGUAAUGAGCACCAUGUAAUAAAGUCAAAUGCGGUGAUAUCUCCUGUAUCGCAGAAAGGGGAAGCAGGGAAUGUAGUUUCCCUCCUUCUUUUCCCUGCUUCCCUCUCGGUAGUCCCAUUGGAACAGCAGUUGAUCUGCACCUCGAAAAUAUCGCCCAAUCAAGGCCCGCUGAUUGAUGUAACGACCGCUGUGAUUAGUCGUGCGGGCAAGUUGCAUCAGUGUGGCGCCUCGGGAUUGGUCGAUGUUGGUCCGUCCGGAUCCGCUGUUGGGCUAGGCUGUUACGACUAACCGUUUCUUGUGUAUUAUUUGUGGUGGACUUCUACCAUGCAUUAGGUGCCGGCAGGCCGCGAGGGGCUGGCAGCUCUCCACAGCCUGUUAGUUACAUCCCGUUCUGCGUGCAUGAGGUGUUGGAUACGCUAUGGUGGUGGUGUCGGCGUUGGUCUGUAUCUACUACAACGUGAUCAUAGCCUGGGCUCUCUACUACCUGUUCGCCUCCUUCACUAACGUGCUCCCUUGGACACUGUGCAACCAGUGGUGGAACACUGACCAGUGCGGGAAGACGUUUGGGGUGAACGGCACCAACGUCACGCUGGGGGUCAACGGGACCAACUCCACGGACUUCACCCGUGUCAGCGCCAGCCACGAGUUUUGGACUCAUAAGGUCUUGCAGCUGAGUUCGGGGAUAGACAAGAUGGGGACGGUACGCUGGGACCUGGCCCUGUGUCUACUGCUGGCGUGGGUCAUCGUCGGCGCUUGUCUUAUCAAGGGGGUCAAGUCGUCGGGCAAGGUCGUGUAUUUCACUGCCACGUUCCCUUUCGUGGUGUUGAUCAUCCUGUUCUUCCGCGGCGUCACGCUGGAGGGCGCUGAGCGCGGGAUCCGCUUCUACAUCAUCCCCGAGUGGAGCAGACUAUCCGAGUCAAAGGUAUGGGGAGAUGCGGCGAUUCAAAUUUUCUACUCCCUUGGUCUCGCCUUUGGAAGCCUUGCGACUUUAUCCAGCUACAACAAGUUCCACAACAACGUUAUGAGGGACGCCCUGAUCAUCGCCGUUGGUAACUGCUGCACGAGCAUUUUCUCGGGAUUUGUUAUCUUCUCUAUCAUUGGCCACAUGUCCUUCAUGCUGGACGUUCCGGUUGAUAAGGUUGCGGACGAAGGUCCCGGUCUUGCCUUCGUUGCCUAUCCUGAAGCCAUCUCCCUUUUGCCGAUCUCCACCCUGUGGGCGAUACUGUUCUUCCUGAUGUUACUAACUCUGGGGUUGGACAGCCAGUUUGCGAUGAUGGAAACCGUGAUCACGGCGGUUAUCGACGAGUACCCCGAGUAUCUCAGACCGAAGAAGAGCAUCGUUGUACUGGGACUGUGUGUCAUCGGCUACCUACUGGCCCUCCCACAAACCACCAACGCCGGUAUGUACUGGCUGCAGCUGUUAGACUGGUACAGUGCCGGGUUCUCUCUGAUGGUCAUCUCCCUCUGCCUGGUGAUCGCCAUCCAGUACGUCUACGGAAUGAAAAGGUUCUGCAAGGACAUCAAGACCAUGUUGGGAUUUGAGCCGCCCAUUUACUUCAAGGUGUGCUGGGUCGCCAUCACCCCUGCUCUUCUACUGUUUAUCCUGAUCUUUAACCUGGUCCAGUUCAACCCGGUGACGUACGGUGAUUACGAGUACCCUAACUGGGCUGAGAUCAUGGGUCUGCUGAUGGGCCUGUCCUCUUGUCUCCUCAUCCCCAUUGUCGCCGUCAUCCAGGUGUGUCGGCAGAAGGGCAGUCUACUGGAGCGCAUCAAGGCGGCCGCACGUCCGUCCCGAGACUGGGGCCCGGCGCUGGAGGACCACCGACAGGAGAUGCUGAAGGUGUACGCCGGCAAGUACGGCGUGGAGGCCCCGCUAACGCUCAUCGACACCCCGAACAAGGGCGGAGACCUGCCGCCGGACUACACCACGGCCACCACGCUACCGCGGAACGACAUCAACGUGCCCUACUCGGUAGCGAACGGUCUUCCAGUAACCACUAAAUUGUAAAGUAGUCAUCACACCUUCCCCUAGAAUAACCCAUCUACCGUCGCGUCCCAUUCCAUUGUAAAGAGAGGAUUCUAUGAAAGAAAUUAAAGUGACUAUAUUCUAUACUUGGAAAUGAAAGUCCAUAGAAAAGAGGCUGAGCAAGUCUGGGUGUUAACAAUUGCAAGCGGAUCCAUGCGCGUUCGUGACUUCAAAGUAGUCUCUACCUCAAAUAGUAUAAAUUGGACAAAUAAUAACGUCAAUAGUACGCAAGGGGAGUCGGGCGGCCAUAGGAGUCAGUAUGCGACACACUAUUUCCAGUUUCUACUAUUUGACCAGCUAUCCGCGGAGCCUGGUAGAGGCUGACGGCAAAGGUAAACGCGCUUUUUGUGGACUUGCGGUCGUAAAUAUUGGGAAUGCAAGACUUGCUCACAUCUGCCUCGAUAGAUCUAUUCUAACCCAGAAUAAGCCAAAGCACCAGAAUAGUACAAGAAUGUUGAAUAUUUAGGUAUUCGUUUUCUUUUUUAAUGUGACGUUUUUGUUUUUAUCAGUUUUGCCAGGUUAUCACGUGCUAAAUCUACGGAGCUGAAUGUACUGUUAUGUUUUACGUUAGUCUUCUAGUAUUUGCCAACGACAGCAAAGGGAGCUUUUAGAUAUCCUUAUAGGAUAGUAUGAUUUUAAAACUUUGUUUUAUGGGACUUAUGUAUUGGCAUAUUUCUGGUAAUAUAUUGGAAUCACGGGAGCAAGAAUUACUUCUCCUGUCAAUAGAACAUAACAUUUCUCUAGUUAACGAAACAAGUACUUUAUCUUGUACAUAUUGGCAUUCCAUUUCUUUAGACGGUACGGUUUAAAAUAAAAAUUGUGUAUAUACUGAAUAUCUCUAGUAAGUUUUAAUGGUUUCUCUUACUGAGAAUCUUAUGUAAUCUUUUUUAAGCAAUGCAAUCAGCAAACGUAUGUUAUAUAAGUCUACAGUUACAUGUUAUUUUAAAUGUAUGCGCUUGAAGUUAUUCACCACAUAUAAAACAGUCAAUCCUGUCCGUCCAAAUCCCAUCAAGUUGUAUUCUCACCAAACUAACACUUCAUGUUGAUAUGCCAGUAAUAACACAGUCGUAUAUUAUAUCUGUGAAGCAACAUUGCUGUUAUCAUAUCUCCCUUAAUUUAUUGCCGAAAAGAAGUAGCCUCUACCAGGCUCCACAGGCCGUGAAUAAGACAGAAAACACGCCAGAGGAGUUAGAUAGCCGAGUAGUACUGUUUGCGACCUAAGGCCAUCUAACUCCUCUUGCGUCUUAUUUGGCCUAUUUUUCCAGCGACAUGUAGACCCUGGAAAAUUCGCAGUUCAUACUGUAUUGAUUGUUGUUAACACCUACCAGCAAAUUUAUCACGUCAGAUUUUGUGUUGUGUUCUGGCCAAUGAAAUGCGCUUCUUCCACUUAGGCGCAUCAUUCGUGAUUGAUACUGAAAUUCUAAUUCCCGUACGCUGACCAAUGAAAUGCACUGCUUUCACGAAAGCGCAUAAUAUGUGAUUGAAUCUGAAAUUCUCCUUACCCUCUGCACUGUUUGUCAGCCAAUGAUUUGUAUUUAUUACGAAUAUGGUAUAGCUGUAAAACACAAACGGAUCUCAAUAACCAGAGUGUAGCGCACCGUACGUAUGUUUAUCACAGAUAGCACCAUACAACUGCUUAGAAACUGUGCCAAAUCUCUCGUUGUUAAUGCGCUACAUUUGCCCCUGUAUGUAUACCUUUCCUCGUACACUGUAACUAUUUCAUUUUAAUCUUUAUAUGUUGUAUGUUUUUGUAGAAAUAUUUAGCUUGUAUAAUUGUAUUGUGGACACAAUGUAUACCAUGUAGAUGCAGUCUUGAAAAAAGGAUGCCGUAUUGUACUUUGCAUUUGUUUGCGGUGGCAGCUAAGCUUUGUGUCCACCUUUAGUAAAAUAAAGGCUAUAUAUAUGUACCUACUUUC